CAGCCGCACUAAAACUUGAAGCAUUUAUUCCACUGGGAUAUUGCAAAGGAACUAGAGCAGGCACAGUGAGUGCAGUCACCAUCCUUUCACAUCAAGACCCCGCAAACAGCCACCAUGGCUGGGAUUGUACAUUGUAUCUGCUUCUCUCUGCUCUUUGGAAUGUGCUCAGCAGUGACAGGAUCUAGGAUUUACCCGGCCAGUGAAGUUACGCUUCUGGAUUCCAGAUCAGUACAAGGAGAGCUUGGUUGGAUAGCUAGUCCUCUAGAAGGAGGGUGGGAAGAAGUGAGCAUUAUGGAUGAAAAAAACACUCCCAUUCGAACGUACCAAGUCUGCAAUGUAAUGGAGUCAAGCCAGAACAACUGGCUACGGACUGACUGGAUCCCCCGGAGUGGGGCACAAAGAGUGUAUGUCGAGAUUAAAUUCACUUUGAGGGACUGCAACAGUUUGCCUGGGGUGAUGGGCACAUGCAAAGAGACAUUCAAUCUCUACUACUAUGAGUCCAACAAUGACAAGGAACGAUUUAUUCGUGAGACUCAGUUUCUUAAGAUUGACACCAUUGCUGCUGACGAGAGCUUUACUCAGGUGGACAUUGGAGAUCGGAUCAUGAAGCUCAACACAGAGGUCAGAGAUGUUGGCCCACUUAGCAAGAAGGGUUUUUACUUGGCAUUUCAGGAUGUAGGUGCCUGCAUUGCUCUGGUGUCUGUCCGUGUUUUCUAUAAGAAAUGUCCAUUGACUGUGAGGAACCUGGCCCAGUUUCCUGAUACCAUCACAGGUUCGGAUACCUCUUCAUUGGUGGAGGUUCGUGGUUCAUGUGUCAACAACUCGGAGGAGAAAGACGUACCUAAAAUGUACUGCGGGGCUGAUGGCGAGUGGCUGGUGCCUAUUGGGAACUGCCUUUGUAAUGCUGGCUAUGAAGAACGCAAUGGGGGGUGCCAAGCCUGCAGACCUGGACACUACAAAGCCCUGUCCAAAGACACAGCAUGUUCAAAGUGCCCCUUGCACAGCUAUGCUCUUCGCGAAGGCUCAACUUCUUGCACCUGUGACCGUGGCUAUUUUCGAGCAGAGACUGACCCUGCCAACAUGGCCUGCACUCGCCCCCCAUCAGCUCCUCAAAAUCUGAUUUCCAAUGUCAAUGAAACAUCAGUAAAUUUGGAAUGGAGUGCUCCCCAGAAUACAGGGGGAAGGAGCGAUGUCGCCUACAAUGUGGUCUGCAAGCGAUGUGGUGCAGAUCUGACGCGCUGUCGGCUCUGCGGGAGUGGAAUCCACUACACCCCGCAGCAAAAUGACCUGCAAACAACCAAGGUGUCUAUCACUGACUUGCAGGCCCACACCAACUACACUUUCGAGAUCUGGGCUGUGAAUGGAGUAUCAAGGCACAACCCUAGCCAGGACCAAGCUGUAUCCGUUACCGUGACAACCAACCAAGCUGCCCCAUCAACUGUGACUCAGAUCCAGCCCAAAGAGAUAACCAGACACAGUGUGUCGUUAACGUGGCCAGAACCAGAACGAGCCAACGGGGUUAUUCUGGAAUACGAAGUCAAGUACUAUGAAAAGGAUCAAAAUGAGCGCAGUUAUCGCAUUGUAAAGACCGCCUCUCGUAGUGCAGAUAUCAAGGGUCUUAAUCCUCUCACGGCCUACGUCUUUCACGUGCGUGCUCGUACUGCUGCAGGAUACGGCGAUUUUAGCGGGCCUUUUGAGUUCACCACAAAUACAGUUCCUUCGCCCAUGAUUGGAGAGGGCGCCAACCCUACUGUUCUUCUGGUCUCAGUGGCAGGCAGCAUUGUCCUUGUGGUCAUUCUCAUCGCAGCCUUUGUCAUCAGCAGAAGGCGCAGCAAAUACAGCAAAGCAAAACAGGAAGCAGACGAAGAGAAGCAUUUAAACCAAGGUGUAAAAACAUACGUGGACCCUUUCACUUACGAAGACCCCAACCAAGCUGUCCGUGAAUUUGCUAAAGAAAUAGAUGCUUCAUGCAUCAAGAUAGAAAAAGUCAUUGGCGUAGGUGAAUUUGGAGAAGUAUGCAGUGGACGUCUGAAAGUUCCCGGAAAGAGGGAGAUAUACGUGGCUAUCAAGACUCUUAAAGCAGGAUACACGGAUAAGCAAAGAAGGGACUUCUUAAGUGAGGCUAGCAUCAUGGGCCAGUUUGACCACCCAAACAUCAUCCAUCUCGAAGGUGUUGUCACCAAAUGCAAACCGGUCAUGAUCAUCACAGAAUACAUGGAGAAUGGAUCGUUAGAUGCCUUUCUUCGGAAGAAUGAUGGUAGAUUUACAGUAAUUCAGCUAGUGGGGAUGCUGAGAGGUAUUGGAUCAGGCAUGAAGUAUCUCUCUGAUAUGAGCUAUGUGCACCGAGAUCUGGCUGCCCGUAAUAUCCUGGUAAACAGCAACUUGGUCUGCAAGGUCUCUGACUUUGGCAUGUCUCGUGUUUUGGAAGACGAUCCGGAGGCAGCUUACACCACCAGGGGAGGAAAAAUUCCCAUUAGAUGGACGGCGCCGGAAGCCAUCGCAUACCGUAAAUUCACAUCUUCUAGUGAUGUAUGGAGUUAUGGCAUUGUCAUGUGGGAGGUGAUGUCAUAUGGAGAGAGGCCCUACUGGGACAUGUCCAAUCAAGAUGUCAUUAAAGCCAUAGAAGAAGGAUAUCGUCUGCCACCACCAAUGGACUGUCCCAUCUCUCUGCACCAACUUAUGCUCGACUGCUGGCAGAAAGAGCGUAGCGAUCGACCCAAGUUUGCACAGAUUGUCAGCAUGCUGGACAAGCUUAUUCGGAACCCAAACAGUUUAAAAAGGACAGGACUUGACACAUCCAGAACAAACACGGCUCUGCUGGACCCAAGCUCGCCUGAGUGGUCCCAGGUGGUGUCUGUGGUGGAUUGGCUGCAGGCCAUCAAGAUGGAAAGAUACAAAGAUAACUUCACAGCGGCCGGAUACACCAGCUUGGAGGCAGUCGUGCAUGUAAAUCAAGAUGACCUAACAAGGAUUGGCAUCACUUCCCCUGCACACCAGAAUAAAAUCCUGAGCAGCGUCCAGGGAAUGAGGAACCAGAUGCAACAACUACAAGGGCGAAUGGUUCCUGUCUGAAAGGGCACGGCACCAGGCGUUACACACAGAACUCUUGAAAAAUUAGUUUACCUCAUCCAUGCACUUUAAUUGAAGAACUGCACUUUUUUACAUUAUCCUCACCCCAUUGGACACAGGACUCUUUUACUAUCUGGUGGUGAGAUGAAAACCAUGAAACACAAAACGUCAUUUGUGCCACACCUUCAGUCCAUCCACAUAUUGGCGACACAAGGAUUAAACAUAAGUUCAGAAAAGAAGAGGGCGCGGCCAUUUUGGAAUACAGUAAACAUAAACGAUGAAUUUGUUUUACCAGACUUUACCUAUCUUCCUGUGGAUUGUUUGACUUGUGACAUGGACACCUUUUUACGGAGUGAAUCAAAAUGUCCCUUGUCACCUAUUGCUAGAUGCAGACCAGUAUUGUGGGGAGAGAUUGAGGGACUUGGAAGUAGAAGACUAUGUCUUACUUACAGACUUUGAAAAAGCCUGAUCCCUUGCCGGCCCUGAGGUUAUCUUGAGAUAUUCAAUGAAAACCAGUGGGUUGUGGAAAACAUGUUCUCACACCAAGGUGGCAAAUCUACCACCCCUCCCAUUCUUGCAUAGACUUGCUGAAGAGAAGGGUAGAUAAAGGGAAUCCGCCUUAAUUUCCUUUUGUGCUCUAUGGAAAACCACAAGAUAACUAUACAGCACAGCAGAAUUUUCACGCUUUUUAAUGUGUCGGACACGGCUCAGUGAAUUUGUCUUGUCACAAAACUGGCUACUGUUUCUCCAGCAUGGAAAAAAAGGGAUUAUCCUAAUAUCUACCAGAACCCCUAGGUCUUCCUGUGUAUUUCGCUUCCAGCCUCUUGUCUGCUUCUAAUGAUGAAGCAUUAGGACUUUGGAUAUCAUCUGAUAGUUAUCACUCCGGACCAGGGUGUUCUGUUGCCUUCAGUAAAUCCAAGGGUGGAUUUAUACUGUCUUCUCCAGUUUGCUUUUUGUUUUCAUUUUUGCUUUAUGUUUCCACAAAAAGAAAAUAGUGGCGCUUCAGAUCCAUGUCCAAAAUCAGUUUUCCGCUACAAUGUAACAAAUACAUUUAAAAAAGGAACACUGCAUUGCAUAUAGAAGAAUAGAAACGUUCUAAAGUUUACUGUUGCUCGGAACAGAACUAGAUGCCAAACUAACCUUAAUAAGGGACCCAGCGUGCCACGGACCAACAGACAGUUUUCGCGUUAUGGGUGAAACCAUAAAGAUUUCUGAGGUGGAUGCACUCUGGUCUUGGCCUACUCCUCAUCUUUAUUGGCCUCUGUAGUAUAAUAUUACAAGAGACUUUCCUUUCAAGAUAAAAUAUGCAAUUUACUAGUUUUCAGCAUCUUCCUGGUCAUUGAUACCAGACAACUGCCAAUUAGGUGUGAGUUUAUAUGUAUUUGUAUGUGUAUAUAUAUAUAUAUAUAUUUACAUACAUAAUUACAUAUACAUACAUUAAAACCCAGAAAGUUGUCUUUGUUAUUAACCCGCUGUCUUUCUAUUGACUCCUUCACUUCUAAGCUCCACAGACUGGCAUAAAUGAAGGAACAGUAAUAUUGGGCACUCUCAGUGCCCAAAGGUUAUUCUUAUGUGGUUGAUUGUCACCUUUGCCUCCCUUUUAGUGUGUCAUCCCCACCGUGUAACUUCCACAACUCCUAAAUCCAAUGUUGUCCCCUGAAUGUUACCAAUGAUGGUAAUAAAAAGUUACUGCCAACCAUUUAGGAUUUUGGUAUAUGUACAAGAACGGGUAGCAAGCAUGUAAAAAAAUCGGAUCAGGUUUCUCUUACGCAGUAACACGGACGUAGAUGAAGCUCUCUCCGUAUGCUGAAGUAGCAGUGCUGUUUGUUCGAGAAACUCAAAAUAAAUUGCUAGUACAAUGAGCUGUAUAUUUUCAUCUGAUAUUGAGGAAUAAGUAAGCAAGUCAAUGAAUUGAUACAAUAUUAUACAAGCUCUCCACAUUUUGUAACCCUACUAUGGUAGGUUUGACUAAACAUGUUGCAGGUGAAUGGUAGAAACUGCAUAUUAUCCUCCAGUAUUUGGUACUGCCAAAAUAAAUAUAUUGCAAGCGUUGAACGCUUAGUAAUACCAAAAAUCCAUUAGGUUUCAUUCCCUGUUUUGCUGGUAGAGAUUUACAUAAUGAGCCCCUCUGGCAGCAAAGAGGUUAAUCAUCAACCCUAUGGCUUGCUAUCAGUAUUUUUAUGAUCUAAUUGUGCUUAACCCACUGAACCUUAACCAGAAAAAUAAAACAAAAGGGACAAUUUUAUGUUUGUUUGUUUUUUGCAUCACUGCAAAUAAGGAAUAUUAAUUUAGCUUAUAAUAAAAUGUAUAAAAAUGAAGUUCUAACAGAGCAAUUUUUGUUUAAUCUUAUGUUGGUUAGACCCCUUUUUUAUUUUAGUUCAUUUGUACUUUUUGCCUUUUAUUUUUUUAUUAUUAUUUUUUUGCUGGGUGGGGAAGAAUAACUGGUUCCUCUUCCCUGGAAAUUAGGUACGCAUAACUUAUCUUGUUUAUUUAUGUUCUUUUUAUACCUAGUUUGUAAAAUUGUAAAAUAGUAAAGUUAAUGCAAAUGUUUGCAUUCUGGAAAAAAAUAUAAUGAAA